AACCCUCUGUCCGCGAUGCACGACCCCCCUCCCUCCCCGGAGACAGCAGCCCGCAGCAGCCAGCUGUUGGGGUUGGAUCCGCACCGCUAUCUCACUGGCGAAGGCGUGUCAGUCCCCGAAUUACUCAGAGCCCCUUUGUCCUCAGUCGGUGCCCAGCCUGCGACACUCAUGGCGGCUGCACCCGUCAGGCAGCGCUGCGGCUCGGGGAGCGCCCGCUCGCAGCUCCCGCCCUGCUACUUCGAGGGCUACCUGGAGAAGCGAGGACCGAAGGAAAAGGGUUCCAGAAGGCUUUGGACCUGCCUUUGUGGGAAUUCUUUGUAUUUCUUCAAUAAUGCUAAGGACGCUCAUUAUGUGGAGAAGCUGGACCUCAGCGGGUUUGUGUCCCUCAAAGAUGACAGCAGCCGUGACAGGAACCUGGAGGCAGCGAGACUCAUCCUCCGCAUGAAGGAUGGGGAGACAAAAUUUACAGCGCCAAACUUAGAGGCCCGGGAGCUGUGGAAAGGCUUCCUCUACUCCGUCGUAGAUCUGAACGUGCCGUCCAGCCUCACGUUGCUGCCCGGGCAGAUCCAAAUGCUAAAGGAGGUGGUGGAAAAAGAACGGACCAGACGGAGGACUCGCAAUCCUGGACGAGCUCCUCCUUCGCCCCUCUCUGUCCCUUUAGUGGGCGAGAUCCCCGCGUGCUUUCGUCCAGUGUCGCGCACAGAAGCUGAAGUCCUUUUGGAGAGACACCCGGACUGUGGCAACAUGCUCCUCCGUCCAGGCCGGGAUGGAUGCUCGCUGGCUGUCACCACCCGACAGGACCUCAAUGGGUCAGUGUUCAGACAUUACAGAGUCACCCAGAGAGACCAAGGUGGCUAUGUUAUUGAUGUGGAAAAUCCAAUUCCCUGUGCAACACUGCAUGAUGUCAUUGACGCCUUGGUAGAGAAAACAGCAGGCACUCUGCAACCAUUCCUCCUGGAGGAGCCGUACGAAGAGAAUAUCACAUAUGUUUCUGCAAAUGACGAAAAUGGAGAAAAAAUCUUGCAUACCGCCCCCUCGAGCCCCCUGCCCAGGGUCCCCGCUCUGCCUCCAAAACAAGAUCGUUGGAGCACUAGCCCUCUGUCCCGGUCCCCGGCCACAGACCGCCGUGUCCUGACCUCUCCGGUGCCGGCCUCGCCCACCAACCCAAUGAGGCGACUCAUCCUGUCCCCUUCGCCUCUCACGCAGACACUGAACGAGGAGCUCAAAAUGACACUGGAGAAGAGGAGAACCAGUCAGGACUGACACGAGGAAGACCUUCCAGUCUCUUCACACAGCAGCUUCAGCACAUUCUCAUCCGGUGCCUUUGUGGUGGAAGAUGAGUCGCUACAAAGCCUCCACUUUCUCUUAGGACUUAGGGGGAUAAGACGACUUCGUCUCGUAAAAUGGUGCUAGCCUUUUGCUUUAGCCGCAUCCAUCCAGCUGUUACCGACUGCCUCCAAGACCAAUCGAAGUGCCACAACAACUCUGAGCCUGCUGGCACUAACUGAGCCCACUGUUUCCCUGUCUGAGCCUUUCUCUGGCUGGCCAGCUGCUAAACUUUCUGCUACUGAACGGCCAAACAGACUGCGGACUGCAGAGAUCUGCACCAUUGCAGCUAAAAGCCUCCUCUCACAUCCUUUAUCUGCAACGGAGGGCAAUAAAGAUACAGGCAAGUUCUGUUUUCAGCCCAGAAUCUUUCCUCUUCCUGCCACUUUAUAGGGAGACUAAGGAAAAUAAUUCCUCUCGAACUGAACAUAACAAAAACUGAACCCUGCACAAGGUCUGGCUUUUGCUCUGAGAUCUCCUUAAAGAUUUAUGAAGGACUUUCAUUGUGUUGCUGAUUGUUGACAGCGGUUGUUUUUUAUUCUCCACUCGACUGUAAGUGUGCCACUGAUCGUGUCCGACCUGCUUGACUUGUCUGCUGUUGUCUCUGUUCUGCUGUGUGACGCCGGUAAAAGUCGAGCUGAUUUCUCUUCCUCCGCCAGAAAAGUCGCUGUCUGCUCUCGGGUGGAUUGGCUGUGAAUCAAAAGCGACAGAAACGUCAUCAGCACGCCGUCUCUGCAGAAGCACAAGUGCCUGAUGAGUCUGUUUGACAGUAUAAUGUUACCCUCUAUGUCUUUAACUUAUUACUUCUGAUGGUGCUUAAAUGUAAAGUGUUUUAUCCUCAUGUUUGACAUUUCUGCCUCUUCCCCCAUCCCUACAGAUUGGUAUCAAACUGUGAACAACCGACUCAUAAGUGUCUUCAUACGAUGAUCAAUUUAUUGAAUGUUUGUACAUAGGUUGUCGUGCCUACUCGGUUAUUAUUAAAGAAGUGUGUUUGAUAAAAAUGGAGAGCAUUAAAAUUGU